AGCACUUGAUUAUCAUAUGUGUGAAAGAUUUUCACAAUCUUCCAAGAGAACCUUUUCAGUAGAAAAUAACCUUCAGUUAGAUGGUGACAUUGAAAAAACUCGUAACAAAGCAACAAGUAAGAUUUUUAGAGCCAAAUUAAAAGAAGGUAUUAAAAAUUGUACGAUAACUAGUGAUUCACAAUUAGCCAGUGAAACUGCAUCAAGAUUGAAUAGUAAUAUUGGUUUAGCAUCAAAAAGGUGCAAGAAAAACCAAUCAACCUUGGUAAAAGGCAGGAAUCGUAUAGCAAGGAAACAUUCACAAAUUUGUGAUUGGUUGUAUAUUGAACGUCAUAAUUCUGAUUCAGAUAAAGAAACUUCUGUUGAAAAAAGUGAAAUUCAGCCAAGGGGAAAUCUUUCUCUUAAAAGAAAAAGAGAUAAAAAGAAAGCUAAGUGUAAAAGCCAAAGAAGUGGAUUAAAAAAAGAACAGAAAACAGUAGAAAAGUCAAGUAAGAGCUACAAGGAAAACCAUGGAAAUGUAGAAGAAAAUUUCAAAAGUACAAUACACCAUUUAAAGACAGAGAAACUUUCAGAAAAUAGUAAUAAGAAAGUAAGCUUUCCUGUCCUAAAUGUUUGUAAAAGACAAAAUCCUGAAAAAUGCAUCUGUUUUUCUCGAGAUUAUAAUAAUCUCACCCUAAAGAAAUUAAAGGAUACAGCAGGAAGUAUCAGCGAAUCCCCAUUAAUUCAGGAAAGUCUUACAUCAUAUAAUGAGCAAUAUAUUUCCAGACACAAAAUCAAAUUGAAAUGUGUCUCAUCAAAGAAGAGUAGGAAACAGUCACCAACAGAAUUUGAAAUGUGUUAUAGAAAACUAGUUCAGCCACUAAGCAAAAUAAACAACCAGUUAUCCUGGAAAAAUAGCACAGAAGAUAAUCCUAGCAAAAAAACCAAGCCAAAAAAAAUAAACUUUUCAUUAGAACAAGAGGGGAAAAUGGCAUUUGUUUCUGAAAAUAAAGGUAUUCCUCAUGUUCAGGAUUCAAGUGAAAAAAAGAAAAAAAGAAAAUUAAAUAUGGUAAAGAUAAAAGUAAAUCUAAAUGUCAAGUAACAUGUCCACUUGUAACAGGUAACUUAAAAGAAAAUCGAAUAAAUGGCAUUAUGGAAAUUGAUGAGUCACCAAAAAGUAGAGUAGUUGGGUUUACAGCUGAUGAUAUAGAAGAGAUUUGUUAUAAUUUAGGACUAAAAUCUAGAGAAAAUAAGCUGUAUCGAUCAAAAUUACCUCAACGAAAGUUGCAGAGGACCAAAAAGUUGCUUCAUUCUCAAUCAACACCAGAUUUCAGUCAAGUUUCUCACUCAGAUUCAGAGUUGCUUAAAUUAGUUUUUAACAAUCCUGCAACUAAAACCAAUCUUAGUGAAAAGAACUCUCACACAAGUUUGAGUGCUGAUUCUGAGCCUUCAGUUUUAUCAGAGAAACCACUAAAAAAAUUUCGAAGAUUCAGUAUUCGUAAACUUCUGGAGUUUGACAAGUUUCAUAACCAGGAGAUUUCAUCAUAUUUUAAAGCAGUUGAUGAUAA